AGUUUCUUCAUGAAAAUGGCGGCAUCAUAAAUAAGGCUGGUUUUUAAUAGUUAAUUUCGAUAGCAGCAAAUCCUCGACUAGUUUUCUUUGAACCUGAAAAAAAAAGUUUUAUCUAGUAGUUUCCUAUCUAUCGAAUUUCUAUGGCAGAUAAAGCAAAUAAAAUAGAAAACUUUCUAGAACAGCUGAAGGUAGCUAAAGAAGUUAACAUUAAACCUUCAAACAACUGUCUAAAAGGAUUAAAACUUUUAAAUGAAUCUCUUAAAUGCUUGCCUAAAAAUUCCGACUAUUUCUUCACUAAUAUAACUCAAUUCAUCGUCCGAAUAUUAUCGAUUAAUUACAACGAAUACAAGGAAACGAAAGGGGAGCUCGUGACUGAAAAAUUAUGGAUAAAAGCACUAUAUGAGACAAUUUAUUAUUUAUUACAAAAUUUGGAUAAGUUCAUCAAAGGUAUUUAUUAUACAGAAUUAACGGUUGUUGUCAUUUACUAUGAAACAAUUUUACAGAUCGAAAACAAACUAUGAAAGAAAUUCUUCUUAUAAUUCAAAAAUUUCAUAGCAUUUUGGAAAAUUCCACAGAGAAUAAACAUAAUUUUCUUCGUUCCCAGUACUGGAAUUUAGCUGCUGUAGUAAAUAAAUACUGCUUGAAUUUCCAUAAAGAUUUUGUUGUUGACAUCUGCGAGUUAGUUCUAAAUUGCUUAAAAUUUUGUAUUGAUUUACAAGACUCAAAUGAAAGUCGUAUUAAGACGGCAAAGGACGCAAAGCUGUCAACAUUUUACAAAAUUCUUAUUGACGAGUUAUUUCGAAAUAAGAAAUAUGAUUUAAUAGAAAAGUUCCUAAAUGAGUGGAGAACGUUCAAUGACGACGAAUUCUUAGCAACUAUAAUUAAGUAUGAUAUUAAGCUGAAGAUGCUUUCCAGUAAUCAUCUUACUUCCGCUCAGAGAGAAAUGAAAGUGCAAGAUCUUUUAGGAAGUAUUUUAAAUGAAUAUGAAGAGGUUGAAUCCGAUAGUGCAUACGAAAUCAAAGCCUACUGUUAUUAUCUAAAAUAUUUAUUUCAAGAUGAGCGAAUUGUUCUAAAUUUAACUGAUGAAAAAUUGGAGAAACGUAAAGAACUUAUUUCAACUGCCAAAUUACCUUCUCUCUUUGCUCAAUACAAAAGAUGUUCAAUUCUAAAAGAUUCUCUAAAUAUGUGGAAGAAAGUCAAAAGUUUUGAUAAGAAAGAUAAUUCUACACUUAAAGAAAUUGUGACAGAAAUUAUAAUUAUAGCAGAUAUUUUUAAUCUGUUACGAAUGCCAAACAAAGAAUUAGAAACACUCUUCUUAGUAUUAGGGGCUAUUCAAUCCAGAACUGAACGACGUUUAUUAAAUAUUCAUUUAGAGAUUUUAUGGAGGCUCAUUUUUCUAUUCAGUGAAAUGAAUUCUCUCUCCUGCGCUAAAGAAAUGCUUGUUAAAGCUGAAACCAUUUUAAACUGUAGUAGCUUUCAAAAAAAUGACAUCUUAACCAUAAAGUUUGCUCUUUGUAAAGCUCACGUUAAUUUCCUCACUGGAAAGAUUAAGGAAGGUCUAGAAUUACUGCAAGAAAUAAUUGAUAGCUAUCAACCGUCAUUUUGGAAGAAUAUGACAACUUUACCAUUAAAAAUAUCUAUCGAUAUUUUAUUAGCUAAAAUGUCGAUGAGAGAUGAUAGAUUUAUAUGCAAAACCCACUACCUGGAACAGGCUGUUACAAAAUGCUUCAAACUCAUUAAACUACAUUUUGUUUGUAAGGAGGAUAAUACCGAUCUAAUUGAACGCAACGAUAAAUAUAGAGUAUUAUCAUUGUCCUUUAAUUGCUUGAAAGACUAUAUCAAUUUGAUGAUAAAGAUUGGUGAUACUCGUUAUGUCGAGGUCUAUUUGCACGAAGGAAAAGCUUUGGCUAUUUCUUUAUGCCUUCCUCAUUGGGUUGUUGAAUUUCUUAUCUUGCAAGAAAAAUUCGAAGUAAUGACUGAUAGAUUGAAGUCAGCUACUGUAACAUUACAUCAAGUCGAGUACAUUCUUACAUCAGAGACAAUCCCUGUCACUGAGGCGGAAGCUAAGCAGAAAUCAAAGACAAAAGGAUCUAACGAUAAUGCAAAUGAGGGGGAUAAUGAGGACGAAGAAGAAGAAGAUGAUGAUGACGAUGAUGGAUUUGAAAUUAAAUCUAGUGCUGUUUUAAAUCAGAAUGCGGAAGAUGAUGAAAGUGGUCAUGAAAGUGAAAGUGGUUUAGACGACGGAGAAGAUGAUAUGAUACUCUCUCGUCGUUCAGAAAAGAAACUUGAAUAUUGGGAACACGAAUCUUGUUCAUGCGAUUAUUGCAGUGACAUUAUUUUACAAUCUGCCAUAUUAAAUUAUUAUUAUAGAACAGUUGAGUGUGCAGAAUCGAAAAAUGAUAAAAAAGCUGUUGAUUCUGCUAUGAAACCUUUACCUAUCAUCUAUCAUACAGUUACAACGAAAGGUUACGAAUGUUUAAAGACAGCCUUUUACUCUUGGAAAGAUUACGAUAGUGUACACGUCGACUCAACAGUUUCUAGUCUUUUAUACCAUAAACAACUCGUUGAAUUGAACAUUUUGUAUUUAAGAACAGCAACCUGCUUCCAUAAUGCUAAAAGAUUUAAGGAAUUUAUAAAGAAAACAGAGAAACUUCUUGUUUCUGACAAAUAUCCAUUCCUGAUUGACAGUGACUAUUUAGAAGAAAGAUUAUAUUAUCAAGCAAUUGCUACUUUUCCCCAACUUCUUAAAUUAGAAAUGGGGAGAAGAGAAAAUGAAUUACUCCAAAUUGCAGGUGAUUUCGUUUCCAGUCCUAUAUUGGGUCAUAAAGCCAAACUUAAGGAAAGAAAAUUACGAAGUGGUCUAAGGCCUAAGGAGCACAAGACAAGAUUACGGAGUUUAAAUGAUGACAAAGUUGAUAUGGAAGCUAUCCGAAAUUCAAAUGAUGUCAAUAGUGACGAUUCCAAAUCACCAACGAACAUGUCAAAAUCUAUAUCAAUAGUAAAUGGCUUUCAUAAGGAUCAAAACAAGGCUAAAAUAAUAUUAGUUGAUCUAUUUAAUAGAAUAAAAAAUGAACCACCAACAGUACUAUAUCGAUAUGUGUGUGGUGCUUUGGCAUUGCUUUCGGACAAUCCUGUAGAAAAGAGUUUCUAUCUGACAGAAACGCACGGAAUCACUUACAGACAUUUUUUACCUCUGGUUAUGGCAAAAAAAUUUGAAUCGUCAACAGAAUGCUAUUUAAAUAGCGUUAAGUAUAUAAAAUUUGGAAGUGAUUGGACCAGUCACCACACAAUGGUGAAAAGUAUUCCAAAAAAUAUAACAGUCUGUCAACUAACUGUCGCAAGACCGUCUAAAAUUCACAAUCAACGUUUAUUUUUGACACGCUAUAAUGAGAAUCUAGGACCGAUUGUGAUUCCCUUAGGGGGUUUUGAAUUAAAUGAGUGUCAGAAAAACGUGGAAAAGUUUUCUGACUUGAUUAAACAACAAGAUUUUUCAACGUCGCUGACUGAGAAAUAUUCCUACUGGAAAACUCGAAAUAAAUUAGACAAAGAGUUGAAGACUCUAUUGGAAUCUUUAGAGAAUAGUUUAUUUGAUACUUUUAUCAUCUUUAUGAAACCCCUGCCGUUAGUUCAAACUGAUUACGAUUUAUUACAAGAGAGAGCUAUCAACCUCGCCGAAGAGUUUAACCUAAAAGAUCACGUUCACUUUCUUAUGGUACUGCUCAACGGGGCUAGUUUCUUAACAAGAUCGAAAAUUGAACAAACAGUCAUCUUGUACUGCUCUUUUAACAAAACACCUGUAAUAUUCGAUUCGGCCAAGCUGACAGAGAUGAUUGUCAAAUACGAAAAAGAGCUUAAUUGUUCUGUUAUGACAACUCGACCACUAGUCCUCAUUAUCGAUAGGUUAUUGCAACAUAUACCUUUUGAAAAUAUGCCGUUUUUGAGGGAUAACUAUAAAAGCUAUCGUAUGCCUUCUCUACACUGCAUACCGCAGCAUUAUUACUUGAUGGAUAAGGAGAGCAUGGUUACUAAAAACGCUUAUUAUGUUUUGGAUCCGGACAAUAAUUUACCAGAUUCUCAGAAGCUUUUAUUACCUUUCUUUGAAAAACUAGGUUGGAGUGGUGCUAAAGGAAAAUUACCGGAUUGGGAGGAACUAAAGAUGGUAUUGGAAUCAAAGAAUCUAUUUGUGUAUGCUGGUCACGGUUCGGGAAGCCAAUGCUUUUCAAAAAAAGAAGAAUUAUUUAGACUAAAAAUGAAGUCGACAGCUAUUUUAAUGGGAUGUAGUAGCGUUCGAUUGACAACGGAGGGAGAAUUUGAUGCUUGGGGAAGAACUGUAUUGAAUUUUCUAAGCAGUGGAUGCCCAAGUAUCAUGGGAAAUAUGUGGCAAGUAACUGAUAGGGAUAUUGAUCUGUUUACUAAAGAAGAGAUAUCCGCAUUAAAUUCCGUUGAUAAGCACGAAUAUGUUCCGUUUAUAAGCAAGGAAGCCCGUCAAAAUUGCAAAUUAAAAUAUUUAACAGCAGCUUCCCAAGUUAUUUACGGAUUACCUAUUCGUAGUAAAUGA